CAACCACUGAUAGUUUACUCUUCUGUUUCAAACUACGCAAGCAUUCUAUAUUUCUCUACCUACCAUGAAGACCAUCCUGUUGUUGCUGGCUGUGAUAGCUGUGGCCCAGGCAGGCGUGACCUUGACCUUGUCGUCUGAUGACAUUGAAGCGUUCUUGAAGGCUCACAACGACGUGAGGAAUGCUCUGGAUAUCCCAUCUCUGGAAUGGGACACUAAACUGGCCGAUUUUGCAGGGGACUGGACUUCUAGGUGUGUGUUUGAACACAGCGAUGGACCUUACGGCGAAAAUCUAUACGCAUCCUCACCCUUAACCAACAACGUCACGUAUUUGGCCUACAACAGCGUGGAAUCUUGGGUGGAAGAACUGGCAAAUGUGGACUCUGAUUGGAAUUGUAUCGGUGACUCAUGUGGUCACUACUCACAAGUGGUGUGGAGAGAUUCAUUACAUCUUGGAUGUGCCAUCACUCAGUGUGAAAAUAAUCCUGAGAUAUUUCCUAAUCUUGUGUCGUGCAACUAUGAUCCACCAGGAAACUACGCUGGGGAAAAACCCUAUUAGAUGCAGAGAGCUGCAGUGUUCAAUAGAGUCGGGGAGUCAAUGGAGUCGUGCCUCGAACUUCGACUCAUACACUGUGAUCAGCUAAUAUUUUAAAUCUACUAAUAAUUUUCGUGUUUUUAUUUAGUAAAAGCAUUUACAAGAAAAAAUUUUCAAAAUACUU